AUGGAACCACGAGCACGAGCCGGCAAAAAUGUCGGCAAGAUGAAUUUUUCCCACAACGAGCUCGCCCAGCUCCUCUACGCCCACGGCGACGUCAAGAACCCUCUUCCUGAAACAAUUCGCGUGCUUGACGAAAUCCUCACAGACUUCAUGCAGUCCAUCGCCUUUGAAGCCACCCGCGCAGCGCACUACUCGGGCCGCCAAAAAAUCAAGUACGAGGACUUUGAAUUCGCGUUCCGCAAGAACCCUGCUUUCCUGGGCAAGGUGCAGGAGGUGUUUGAGAAGCAGAAGGAGAUCAAGAAGGCGCGCGAGAUCCUGAGGGAUGGCGAGGAUGAGAUCAUGAAGGACGCGGCCGAGGAGGAGAAGAGGAGGGAGAAGGAGGGAGCUGCCGCCGCAGGGAAGACGAACAGAGCCGAGGAGGAGUUGGGCGAGGCGGACGAUGAUGCUGAAGCCGAGAUGGAUGCUCUGGGGAAGAAGAAGUGA